GAGCUCUGAGAGAGAGACUGAACGAGGCAAAGAGAGGGUGAAGAAGAAACACCCCUUGAAGAUAUCCAAGCAGAUGAAGGUCCCUGCAAGCAGAAGUGGCAGAAAUAGCGAAGAAGACAGCAUCAGGGAGGCCACAAGCUCUCAGCGGAGCAGCUCGAGGGACCGUCUCAGUGAUAGUUCUGCUCAAUCGCUUUCAGGAAGAGGCUAUUCCUGUGACAGCGAGAGUGAUAUUGACGAUAAGGCUUCUUUAGGCUCCGAGAAGCUGUUUUCCCCUGCAGCAAAUAAAGGUCCAACCUUGAAUGACAAACCUGAAGCUAAAGCAGCAACCAUCCCAAAGGUGUCAGGGCUAGAGCGCAGCCGGGAACUGAGCACCGACGUGCCCUUCGUGCUGCCUAUUCCCAGCCCCCAGCCAGUUGCUGCUGUUGUGACUUCCACUUCUUCUGCGCCCACGUCGAGCGCCAGGGCAAGCCCGCUGUUGAAGAAGGAGCCAGUGAUCUCAGCACCAGCACCGCCAAGGCUCACACCCCAGCCACAGCCUCGACCACAGUCACAACCUCAGCCUCGACCACAGUCUCAGCCUCAGCUCAUACCUGAGCUUCGGACCCAGCCUCAGAGUCACAUCCCUCCCCCUCUCAACUACCAAGUGCAUCACCAGGUGGCCCAGAACGGACUCAAUAUCAGCAGGAGCAGCAGCGCCAGCAGUGCAACAAGCAUCAGCCUCCCCAAACACCUUCCCCUUUCCCCCCAGAUCCCUCCUCACCACUCUUCCGGCCCAGCCCUGCCCCUCUCCAUCUCUAAUCUUGCUACCUCGCACUUCCCUCUCAGAUCGCAGACCCAACACCAGCACCAUCCGGCCAUGUUCGCCACCCCACCCACGCUACCACCACCACCAGCGUUACCCACCAACAGCCUUGUGAUACCAGGACACCCUGCAGAUCAUGAGCUGCUCAGGCAAGAGCUGAACAACCGGUUUCUGGUUCAGAGUUCGGACCGGGCCGGUGCCUCUCUUGGCCCGGUGCCAUUGCUGAGGGCGGAGUUUCACCAGCACCAACAUACCCACCAGCACCAACACACCCACCAACACACAUUCACUCCUUUUCCAUCCAGCUUACCCCAGACGCCGCUCAUGCCACCCUCUGCACCUCCCAUGGUGCGUACCCCAGCCCAAAAUUUUGACAAGUACGCUCCCAAAUUAGACAACCCUUACUUUCGACAUUCCAACUUCUUUCCAACCUAUCCUCCGGCAAUGCCUGGAAUGCCACCAAUGCUUCCACAUUCAGGACCUUUUGGGUCACUUCAGGGAGCAUUUCAACCGAAGACUUCAAAUCCAAUUGAUGUAGCAGGUAGACCUGGCACAGUUCACCACACUCUUCUGCAGAAGACUCCGGGGGUGUCGGACCCCUAUAGACCGCCAGUAAGAAAGCCUGGGAAGUGGUGUGCAGUUCACGUACAGAUUGCCUGGCAGAUCUACCAUCACCAGCAGAAGAUAAAGCAGAUGCAGCUGGAUCCCCACAAGCUAGACAUAGGCGGUAAACUUGACCUGUUCAGCAGACCUCCUGCCCCUGGAAUUUUUCCAGGAUUCCAUUACCCACAAGACCUUGCCAGGCCUCUGUUUUCCACAACAGGUGCUGCACAUCCAGCCACCACCCCUUUUGGACCCUCGCCUCAUCACAGCAGCUUCCUGCCUACUAGCCAUUUGGCAGAUCCAUUUAGCAGGUCAAGCACCUUCAGCGGCCUUGGGAACUUAGGCAGCAAUGCCUUUGGAGGAUUAGGCAGUCAUGCUCUGACUCACAACAGCAUAUUUGCUCACAAAGACGGUCCAAACCUACAGAGCUUUAAUAAUCCCCACGAGCCAUGGAAUAGACUCCAUCGAACUCCACCUUCCUUCCCGACACCUCCACAGUGGCCUAAGCCAGGGGAUUCCGAACGAAGCUCCUCAGUAACCAACCACGACAGAGACCGGGAGCGGGAGUCAGAGAAGAGGGAUCUUUCACUGAAUAAAGACGACAGAGAGAAAGAGAGGGAUCUCAUGGAUAAAAACAGACAUUCAAAUAGAUCCUCACCAGCAUCAGCUCCUGUGACCCAUCAGAUCAGCAACCUCAUCCGCAGCAACAGUCAGACCUCCAGCGAUCCCAUCAGGCAAGUUAGCAUUGGUGAAAGGGAAAGGUCCAAAGAAUCAGAGAGAGAGCACCCUGACCGACUGAGAGAGCCGCCCAUAACAGAACACAAGAUAAAAGAGAGCCGUUCCCCCGUGAAGGAAACUCCAAGCCAUGAUAAGAGACCCUCUGAGGACAACACGAAGCCAGUAAUUCAGUCUGUAUCUCCCUACAGCAAACCUGCACUAAGCGAGAGCUUGAAACUUAGCAAUUUAAUGAACAAAGAUAUAGAGAGAAAGCCAGAGCUUCCAAGUGACCUCCAGAAGAUUAAAAAUGACAUCAAGGUCAAAGAGGAGCGCAAGGAGGACAGUGAUGUGCUGGUGGUGGGAUCUGAACCUUCACAGCAUUCCAGAACAGUGGAACAUCCGCCACCACCUUCUUUGCAUGGAUUACCAUUGCCCCAUUCUAUGGCCGCCACAAUGCCUCUCUCCAUGAGUAGCGUUCACCAGAUGAACAACAUGAAUGUUCUAGACCGCAGCAGAAUGAUGACCCCUCUCAUGGGCAUGAAUCCUUUGUCGGGAAGGGAGAGACUGCCACAUCCUGGAUUUUCUUGGGACCCAGUGAGGGACCCAUUGCGAGAUGCCUACCGGAGCUUAGACUUGCAUCGUCGAAUGGACUUCCAGCUCCGGACAGAUCCCAUCCACAGGUUCCCUACCACCUCUGGAUUUUAUGACCAUGAGCGUUCUUACAGAGACAGAGAACCGCACGACUAUAACCAUGAAAACCUUCUUGAAGCUCGCCGAGAGCAGGAGCGGUUGCGGCAAGUGGAGGAGAGGGAGCGCUUGCACUUACGGGAAGAACUUGAACGUGCCAGAAUGCACCACCUGCACUCGUCCCCUAUCGAAAGUCAUCUGGCACACAUGCCAUCGUUCAUGCCUCACUUAAGCGGGAUGCAUUACCCCAGACUCAGUCCAUCCACUGCCAUGCACAAUGGAAUUUUAAAUAGGAACCCACCAACCGCAGCGUUGAGUGCCCCGCCCCCUUUGGUACCAGCAAGCAGUACUAGACCUGCCUCCCCACGCAGGACUACCCCACUCACAAACUCAGAGUCCAGGGACUAUUCCCCCUCUAGGAACCCCAAAGAAGUAGAGGCACGAUAGUCCCCAACAGGGUGAAUUUUAAACUUGGCUGUAUAUAGAACAACAAAAAUCUUUUACAAAAUGCACUGCUGUAACCUUUUUUUUUUUUUUUUUUUUAAUGUAAAAUUUAUAGAAGUUAAGCACAGUUCCAUAAAUAAUGGGGUAUGAGGUUUCAAACUUUCCAACAAGAAGGUUGCUAAGAAUGGGAAUUUAAUAUAUAUAGGUAUUGAUUUUUUUUUUGUUUCUGUGCUAAAAUUAGUUAUUAAAAAUAUCAAGUUUGUACAUUUUUUCCCAAAUGUGAGAAACAUUUUUAAUGGAUUUGUAUUUUUUUUAAUUCUGUGCUCUUUAUUCACUUAAAAAAAGAGAAAUUUUGCUUUUAGUUAAAUUUGCAUUUAAAAUGCCUCAGAUCCUUAAGAAAAUUACCCAGGGUUUCUUAAAGUAUUAUUUAUGGAAAUACUGUAGUUUCUUACAGUCCACUGUGAGGUUCCCUAACUGAGGCCAAUCGAUCACUUAUCUUGGUACUUUGGAACCGAAGUUACAGAUAUAUAUUAAAAUAUUAUUAUUAAUAAUAAUAAUGUACAAAACUGUUUGUUUUUUGCCUUAUAAUAUUAUGCAGAAAUUUAAGAGGAAUUUUUUUUGACUUCUUGUUUUAAACAAAACAAACAAAGAAAACAAACUGUAAAUAUUCUGUUAAUAUAAAUGUACACCAAUAUUAAAUUCUUAACCUAGGUAGACUUUAUAAAAAAAAGGUUUCUAGAACCACUCUGGUUAUUUGUUAACAUGGUUACAACUCAUUCUUGUCACAGUCAGAAAUACACACUCAGAAAGCUAAGUGCAGCAUAUAUACUUCAACUAUGCAAGAACUUGGAGGCAGGUCUUAGUGGAUGUUGGGGGGAGGAAGAUUUAAAAAAAAAAAAAACACCCAAAAAAACAAAACAACUUGCAACUCUGGAGACAGAAUGGAAAUGGCAUGUGAACAGAAAGAAGGAUGCUUGUGUUUAACAAAAAAAAAAAAAAAAAGACUGCAUUUUUUUUGUACAAACACAAGGGACAGUUCACCAAGGAAGAGACGCUCCUGGGAGGAGAUUUUGGUUUCCUACUUUUCAAGAUGGCAAAAACAGAUGGAACUGGCACAGUACCCAUGCGGCAGACCCUUUAAUUUUUUUUUCUUUUUUCCUCUUUUUUUUUUUUCUUUCUUUUUUUUGUGUUGUGGGCAGGCUCGCUGGCAAGCAAGGACAAUUUUCCGUGGACCCCUUGUGCUAAUUGUGCAGUGUUCUUAUUGGAAUCUGUAUACAAGACAAAGUAGAAUUUUAGGAGUGCAAAAAAGUCUAAUGGUUGAUUUUAAAAAAAGAAAUUCUGAUGUAUUAUCUCUAUUACAUGAAGACCAUAAGCAAAUGUUUGUUGCAGUGUGGUUCUGCCUUGAACUGGCUUUUUGGAAUGAUUUUUAUUUUUAUUUCAAAUUUUACUUUUCAUUCAUAUGUAAAUUUUGCCAUGUUUUACUUGCUGUACCAUUUCCCCAUCCUUUAUUUUAUUUUUCAGUAUCCAUGUUUUAUAUAUCCUGGGCUUUUACUCUCUAGUUAAUUCAGCCAUCUGCUACUAUUUUCUUUCCUUGACUCUGUAUCUCGUUUCCCUCCCUCCCCCUGCCAACCUCCCCCCUGCACCCUUGUAAUUUUAAACAUUCAGUUUCCUUGUAGAUCAAUGAAGAUAAAUACAACAUUGAUUUUGG